GAUCGGUCCAUUCGCGGUGGAAAAAAAAAACAACCUGCCGGUUUUGCAGGAAGUUUUCCAUAAAGAAACAUCGUCAUGUACCAACCGCCUUUACCGCCGCCGCCUGUCCAGCCUCCUCCGCCGCCUCCUCCACCCCCGCCCGAGUCAGACGAUACCCUGUCUCCGCCGGGAGUCGGUGUGGCCUCGCACACUUACUUGUCCAAUGAAACCCAAGCUCAGGAUUACGUGUAUCCGGUGGCAUCGACUCUUCACGCCGGCUCCAUCCCCAGCUACGAUCCCUACCAGCAGCAGGCGACAUACGGCUACGAUGGCUAUGCUUACCAGGAUCCAGCACAGAAGUUCUAUGGACAGGAGUCCGCUUACCAGGCACCAGGAACAUCCUAUCCCCACGAGAGUUACAAGUACCCAGAGCGCUAUCCCGCAUACGCCUCCAACUACCGACAAUCAUCGGAAAGGGAGAGGUAUAGUUCCUAUGGCUCCAGCCAAGGCUACCACCAUUAUCCAGGCUACAGCUCGGGAAAGCGUUAUGAGCAGCGACAUGGCCAGGAACACCGACAUCCGCAAGAGCCCCGAUAUGCUCACGAAUCACGACAUGGACAUGGACACUAUGCCCACAGGCCGCCAAAGGGAUCCCACCAUGGCUACUAUGGAUCCGGAAGGGGUGCAGGCAGCGAGGAUUACCCGCAGCGCAGCUAUCGCGAGAGGGAGAGAAGCGAGCCCGUUGAGAAGCCCAGACCUAAGCCCAAAGUGGAGACCGAAAGGGACCGCCUCCUGCGGCAGUGGUGCUCCAACUUCUGCGAGAAACCAGAGGAUUAUGUCAAGAAGAUGAACGCCCUCAGCGAGGCGGAUGCACCGGCCGAAUCCUGGGUGCGAUCUUCGCCAGCUGAGCCCUACUACGAGCGCACUAAGAGCGAGAACGAGGUCAAGGGUCGCGUGCGGCUGCAGAAGCUGUGCAACCUGUUCGACGAGGAGCUGUUGCAGAGAGCGGAGCGGGUACGCCAGAAGCUUCCCGUUUAUGUGCCGCCUCCGAGGAAGGCGCGCCGGCGUGUCUGCAAGCAUAAACACAAGUCAGAGGCCUGCUCAUCCUCCUCUUCCUCUGACGAGGACUCCGACGACGACGCCUUUAAGAUCGAGCAAGACUGCUGCAUGGAGGAGUUGUCACGCAAGGUGCAGCAUCCGCAGAGGGUUCACGCUGAUCUCUGGCACAACGAUGCCGGUGAGAUGAACGACGGUCCUCUGUGCCGUUGCUCGGCGAAGUCUCGGCGCAUUGGGAUCCGCCAUGGCAUCUAUCCGGGCGAAACUGGCUACAAGUUGUGCGACCCAAACAGCAACAAUGCCGGAAAGCUUUUCCACUACAGGAUCAGCAUCUCGCCACCCACAAACUUUCUGACCAAGACACCCACCAUCAUCAAGCAUGAUGAGCACGAGUUCCUGUUCGAGGGCUUCUCGCUUCUCUCGCACGUGCGUCUCACUGAUCUGCCAGUGUGUAAAGUGAUCCGUUUUAACAUCGAGUACACCAUUGAGUACGAGGAGGAAAAAAUGCCAGAGAACUUUACGAUCCACGAGUUGGAUCUUUUUUUCAAAUACCUGUUCCACGAACUGCUGGAGCUUGUGGACUUUAAUCUGAUGCCUAAUGUGGUGUCUGGCAGCGCUGAGGAAUCCUGCCCGGCAUUCCACUUCCUACCCCGCUUCGUCCGCGAUCUUCCAGAUAAUGGAAAGGAGGUUCUGGCCAUGGUCGAGGUACUCCGCUACCUACUGGAUAACUCCGCCCAGCUAGUGGAACGGCAGCAGCUUCUGCACCUGAACCAGAUCAGUCAAAGCGAGUGGCAGAACUACGUGGACUUCAUCAAGGGAAUGCUGGUCACAAAGCCGGGACACAAGCCGUGCUCCCUGCGCGUAGAUCAAUUGGACAGGAACAACUCCGAUCUACCCGAGUGCGUGGAUCGCGAGACUGGAAUCUCGCAUCCCGCAAUUGUGCACUUUGGUAUUCGUCCGCCACAGCUAAGCUACGCUGGCAAUCCGGAGUACCAGAAGGCGUGGCGGGAGUACGUCAAGUUCCGGCAUCUGAUGGCCAAUAUGUCAAAGCCCUCGUUCAAGGAUAAGCGCAAACUGGAGGAGAAGGAACAACGCCUUCAGGAGAUGCGUACGCAGGGGCGUAUGAAGCGCAACAUCACGGUGGCCAUCAGCUCAGAGGGAUUCUAUCGCACGGGAAUUAUGUGCGAUGUGGUGCAGCACGCCAUGCUGGUUCCUGUUCUAACAGGUCACCUCCGCUUCCAUAAGUCACUGGACCUGCUAGAGGAGAGCAUCGGUUAUAGCUUCAAAAAUCGCUAUUUGCUUCAGUUGGCGCUGACGCAUCCCUCCUACAAGGAGAACUACGGCACCAAUCCGGAUCAUGCCCGCAACUCGCUAACCAACUGCGGCAUCCGGCAACCGGAAUACGGAGAUCGUAAGAUCCACUAUAUGAACACCCGCAAGCGGGGAAUCAACACAUUAGUGAGCAUCAUGUCCCGGUUUGGCAAGGAUCACGAAACUGUUUCGAAUAUCACACACAACGAGAGGCUUGAAUUUCUCGGCGAUGCUGUUGUUGAGUUCUUGAGCUCGAUACAUCUGUUCUUCAUGUUCCCGGAACUAGAGGAGGGUGGCUUGGCCACAUAUCGGGCAGCGAUUGUCCAGAACCAGCACCUGGCCCUGCUGGCCAAGAAGCUGCAACUGGAAGAGUUCAUGCUGUAUGCCCACGGGUCCGAUCUGUGCCACGAGCUGGAGCUGCGCCAUGCCAUGGCCAACUGCUUUGAAGCACUUAUGGGUGCCCUUCUCCUGGAUGGUGGGAUCAAGGUGGCGGAUGAGGUAUUUACGGAUGCCCUUUUUCGGCAGGACGACAAGCUGUUAAGUAUAUGGAAAAAUCUGCCAGAGCAUCCGUUGCAGGAACAGGAGCCACUAGGUGAUCGCAACUGCAUUGAUUCCUAUCGAGUGCUUAAGGAGCUCACCAAGUUUGAGGACUCCAUCGGAAUCAAGUUCAAGCACAUCCGGCUCUUGGCCCGCGCGUUUACCGAUCGAUCCAUUGGAUUCACACACUUAACCUUGGGGUCCAAUCAGCGAUUAGAGUUCCUGGGAGACACAGUGUUGCAGUUGAUUUGCUCGGAGUAUCUGUACCGCCACUUCCCCGAGCAUCACGAGGGUCAUUUGUCCCUACUGCGUUCCUCACUGGUUAAUAACCGCACACAAGCGGUGGUCUGCGAUGACUUGGGAAUGCCCAAGUAUGCGGUUUAUGCCAAUCCCAAGGCAGAUUUGAAAACCAAGGAUCGCGCCGAUCUUCUGGAGGCCUUUCUGGGCGCCCUAUACGUGGACAAGGGUCUCUUGUAUUGCGAGCAGUUCUGUCACGUAUGCCUGUUCCCGCGCCUGCAGCUCUUCAUCAUGAACCAGGACUGGAAUGAUCCCAAGUCCAAGCUGCAGCAGUGCUGCCUCACUCUGCGCACAAUGGAUGGAGGCGAACCGGACAUUCCCUACUAUAAGGUAGUGGAAGCUAGUGGUCCAACCAACACGCGGGUGUACAAGGUGGCCGUGUACUUCCGCUCGAAGCGGCUGGCCACCUCCAGUGGCUCUUCCAUCCAGCAGGCGGAGAUGAACGCGGCCAAGCAGGCACUAGAGAAUUCGAGGGAUCUCUUUCCGCAAUUGGAUCACCAGAAACGCGUGAUCGCCAAGAGCAUCAAGAAGCAAACGGGAAACGAGUUGGACAACGACAGUGAUCGGCAGCAACAGGAGGAGAAGGUCAAGCGGCCGAAGUAUGCGGCUCCGCUACAGGAUGAAAGUCACCUGCCUAAGCAGUAUCGCAUGCACGAGAACAUUUCCAGCGACGAGCUGCCAGAGGAUGAUGACUUUGAAAGCACUGCUCUCAAGAGCCCAACAAUGCCCUUAAAGUUGAAUAGAAGUGGCAAUAGCAGCAGCAGCAGCGAUAGCGAUGCGUCCAGCUCAUCUGCCAAGCGUCAGCGCCGCGUUAGAAAGAGUUCUUCGGUAUCAUCCCUAACAUCAUUGGGAUAAAAGUAUCUGAUAGUAGAGGCCCAAUUUUAGUAGUGAGAAUCGUAGGUACGGAACGGAAAAAUGUCCGCAUUAGUUAAUAUCAAAAGAUUGCACUUAGCAUAAGCAUAACAAGAAAGGAAGUUAGCUUCGGCAAGCCGAAGCGUAUAUACCCUUGCAGCU